AUGACUGCACCGUCCCGCGCCGCGCUCCCCGAGCCCCGCGCCAAGGAGGUGGAAGCCCCGCGGGCGGCGGUCCCCAUGCCCCGGCUCGGCCCCAAGGCAUGCCCGGUCUCCUGCACCCUGCUGACUUUCUUCCUCCUCGCCGCCUGCAGCAUCCACAAAACUGAGCAGAAAGGCUACUGUGAGAAUAUCAUCACCAAAAAGCACCUGGAUAAUCUGCAGGAUCUGAUUGACUCCCAGAUGCUGAUGUCCUGCCACGUCUCCUUUGAGUUCAUUGAUGAGCAGGAAUUGGGUGACCCCAUCUGCUUUGUCAAAGCGGCUUUCCCUCGGCUGGAGGACAUCCUUGACAAAAUGAAAUUCAAGACGAACUCAGAUAAUUUUAACAAGACAAAAGACGUGCAAAACAUGUACAAGAAAAUCGACGAGAAUGAAGUUCCGUGCAUUGAUGACCAGGAUGAUCACGAGCGCGAGCUCUCCCAGGCCUGCUCCAAGGAGUUCUCCAUGCCUCCCGAGAAAAUGCUACAGAAGGUGAAGGAUUUCUUUCAACAAGUUAUGGACCUCUUAGACAAAAAUGUGGAUUUCAAACGCGAUUGCAGCAAAACCUACCAGAAGUGCUCUGACGCCCUGAAAAAGGAACCGCCAUCUCCAGGUGUGGUGACUGACCGUGACUGCAACUGUCCAUCCCCAAGCUCCCCUCGUGAGGGACCCCCAGCCUCUCCCCACCCAGCCUUGGUCACCAAGCCCUUCCCUUCCACUGUACCCCACCUGGGCAGCAAGGAGGCAGCUGCCAGCACCCACCUGGCACACAGCUGGCCUGGUGCCACGCAGACCCCAGUCAAGUUAGACAGCAGCGUUAAGCCCAGGGUAUCCAGGAGCACGCACAGAGGCCUGGUUGCUAUUGUCUGGGCUGGCAUUUCUGCCAGUGUGUCCUCACCACCAGCAGAACUGGAGCUAGCAUCAGCAUCACAGGGACCUGGUAGUGGGUCCAUCAGCACCAAACUGCUCCUGGACCUAACCGAACUUCCCAGCCAGGAGCCCCCUAGCACUGAGGACAUCUUCACCUCCCCUCCCACCCUCCCGGCCUCUGGUGGAGAGACGCUACCGAGGGAAGAGAUCCAUCCAACCGGGACAGAGACUGAGCAAAUCCAAGCAUGGCCGACUGGGCUCAGAAAGUUCCUCCACACGCCUGGUUCACCUGACCCAUCCCUCAGCGCGAAGCAGACCCAACCACAGGCAGGAGAAGACGUCACCCAAGCCACCUGGGCAUUCUCAGCAGCAGAGCCGAGCACCCACCUGAUGGAUUCCAGCAUUGCCGAUGCCCUGUCCAGCCCAGCCCUGACAUCCGAGGCAGUGGAGGCCUCGGGAGCAGACCCUGGUGGCCAAUUGGUGACCCCCCUGCCCAGUGAGCUGUGGCCGAUCCCCUCUCUGGGCUCCGAGGAGCCCAUCUCUGUAGUGCAGCACCGGUUCUCCAGGAUGGCUGCUACCACUGACAGCCCCCCUGCCCCAGAGACACCCCCCGGGGAGAGUCCUCAGCACUCAGCAGGGCAGGGCAAAGCCCCAGACAUGCAGCGCACCACGGAGCUCCGAGGAAAGAGAACAGGGGGGCUGCCCAGGUCCAGAGACCUCGACGACAGCCUGGCAGGGCCCAUCCCUGACCUUAACAUCCUUCCUCCGAACACAGACCGGCGCAGGAAGGAGGCACAGCCCAACGAGACGCAGCGGGAGGUCAUGUCCUAUGUGCUGGUGGCAAUCCUGACGAUCGUGGCGAUCCUGCUGGCCGUCGGAGGCCUCCUCUUCUACAAGCAUAAAUCCAGGACCCAGGAGAGACAGCUGCAGCAGAGAGGGAAUGUCCUAGAAGAGCCGGAGGGAAGACCGCUGAAUGGAGUGGAGGAGCCUCUGGAGCUGCGGGUGCAGGGUGAGCUAUGA